GCUGCCACCUGCUGAUUAAAUACGACCCUACUCCCCGAAACACUGCUGUGAAAAGGAAAAUAACGAAGGAUACCUUUGAAAUUCGGCCCAUAUACACUAACUGGGAAUUAUGUGUUUGCCGACAGUAUUGGUUAAUGGGGAAGAUGAAUAUAGCUUACAUUUCACCACCACUUCCCCCACUUUAUAUUAAAUGUAAUCCAUUGUACUCCAGGCUCCUCAUAUUCCUUCUGGAUAAUGAUCAUAAUUGACUACAAACUUUUCAUCACUGUGACCCCCGGCUACCAAUAAGACUAUCUUGAAUCACAUGAUGAUGGCUGGAGCAUGGGGCCUCCACCCUUGGACUUCAAAGACGUCAUAGUUCUGUGUGAACAAGGCAAUUUGCAUCUGCAGCUGAAACAGAGUGCAGCAUUCUUAUGUCUGAAAUGCGGGUGGGUGUUUGAAUGGGCUGCUACAGGAACACUUUGAUCUGCUUCCAAUACUUAUCUCUGUCCUGAGAAGGCACCACACAACCAUUGUCUGCUUGUUUGAUUGGUUUGGAUCAUUGGACCGAUGGAUUGACAACAUGGACUCUACUUAUGGAUCUGAGCUGGCCCACGACGUGAGGAGGUGGAUAUGGUUGGUCGCUUUGAAAGAGGAGGUUUCCACAUGCAUGGAGGCAAGGAAGCUGGUGCGGGCCUGGUUGAGGCUGUUAAAGGUCAAUGAUGGAUGUUGAGGUUGGGUUGGGCUGAUAACGCCACGUAACAGCAACUCAACAUCUGUAACCCCAGCAGAACUUCCUGUGUGUCAACAGAAGGCGCAGACGCACUGCUGAGUGAGGCAAAACCAGAAGAGAAGACCAACUAGUGCAUUGAAGGCUGUUGUCCGAAGUCAUCUAUGCCAAUGAGGAUUCAACAGAUCAGUAUCUUAAACCUGGAAAGACAAAACACCAAACUCUUCAGAAGAGGAUACCAGAGAAGCCCUUUUUGUUGUUUUACCGCAGAAGGGGAAAGAGCAUCCACAGUGUCACUGGAAUUCCAUGGUGGUUGAAAUCAUACGUGCCCAAGUGUGCAGCUACUCUUGGUAACUUUUGAAAGACAAUUAUAAGAGUGCUGCUGCCCUGGCACUCUGUCAACUGUCUAUGCCCUUGGAAUAUUGGCUCAUGACAACACAAACUGAGUGGAGAGCAGACGCAGGCUCACAUACAGCCCAACCCUGAGGAGCAGCAUUUACUACUUCCCAGUGUUAUUUGUUAUUACCCCACAGGGAGUAAUAACAAUUUUUUCUUUAUGCUUCCGGACAUGGACAUGCCUCUGCUCUCCAAUCCUGUGAGUGAGUACAAUAAGAGGGAGACUGGAGCCCAUGUCAUAGUUGACUCUGAAAGUGCUCUCUUCUACAGACUCACGCGCAGUGCAGGCAACAAGAGAGUCAUGCCAGCAGACAAGUACCGGAGCCACAAUAAGUAUUUUACUGAGAGGGACGACCCAAUCCCUGGCAUGAACAGGCAAGAUCACAUCCUUUGUAGAAAUCCAGCCUGGCCUGCCAAUCGAUCUGGUAUCGUUACUGUAAGCGCGGACAGGCAAACAUUGUCGUCUGACUUGAUAAGCCAGAAUUACUCUGAAAGCCAGGCACCUUGCGUACGGGGAAGGACUGAGUGGAGGAGGGAUUUCCUACCAAGCAGGAGCAGAAGCUUGGACUGGAGGGAAGCAGUCCCCUGCCCGGCCCAGGCCUCAAGGACCGGACCUCUGACACUUACUUCAGGUUACCAAGCAGGCCUGGUUAGCAACAGGUCCGGGAGUUUGGAGAGAGGAGGCCCCAGAGACAGAGCCAGAGCCAUGGUCACUGGGGGCCGUGUCAUGGCAAGAGCCAAUUCUCUUAACUCUGGCGGUUUGGCCAAUGGCCAUGGAGAGAGAAUCUCAGUGGGAAGAAAUCUAGAACCAAGAAGGGGACUUUCGGGCUAUGCUAUGGAGAAAUGUGAAUGGGGCCAAUCUCUCCCCGUCAGGAUAGGAGGAGGCCAGAGUAUCUGGGAGAGAAUUGAGAAGCUCUACCCCUCCCAGGAGCCCAGUAAAACUAAGGGAUUUGUUCGUACGAAGUGCCUAUCAAUCCCUAUUGGAGACUGGCCACUGUAUGGUGGAGAAGGACGUCCCACUACAGCUAGAGGCGAGGCAUUGAGCCCUAAUUCCUCUUCCUCCAUGGAUAACCCUACUACCUAUCAAAGUCGACUGUGCUAUGAGGGGGGAUCAGGGGGGACGUUCCCUAGAUGUUUCUCAAGGGGAGCAACAAGCAGCCUUGAGUUACAGCAAAACGGUAAAUCCUCUUCAUCAUCACCUGAUAGUAAAAGCUCAAGCUUCAAUUCAGAAGAGUCGAUACCUUCAGUGUCUCCAGUGCCAGAUUAUACUUGGAGGAGAACCUCAGGGAGGCAGUGGCAGAGUAUGCUCCUAGAGGGACGUAGCGUUCAGUGGGACAGAGGCACAAAACAGUUAGGCACCAGGUCUCUGGACAGACGCACAGCCAAUUUCACUAAGACGUGGGCUGUGCAAGAAGCGGGACUUGUGCCCUGUGCCAUCAGACAACCACAACCUCCCCUAGAGGAGGAGUCUUCAGUUCCCUCCCCGAACGAGCCCGGACAUACGGAUGGGAGGGCAGGGAGGAGUGAGGAGGAGAAUGGGACAGCAGACGCCGUUGAAGGCAGAGGUGGUGUGGAAACAGCAGGCGGGACAAGCCACAGAGUGAGCAGCGCUGAGCUGAGAAUGAGGUCAACGGAACCAGAAGAAGAAAAGAAAAGAAAAGAGAUGCAGAGUGAUGCCAGAAUGCUUGGAGAGAAAAUGACAGACAGGGAAGGAAAUGGAGCAGUGGAAAGUAGCAGCGUGGCCGAGGACGUGUUUGACUCAGGCGCUCCACACAUCGCCUUCGGACCCACGGUGAAGAAGGCAGCGCCUCAGAAGCUGAUCAUUCCCUCGGCGGCCAGCGUGAGGAAUAAGAUCCACCAGUUUGAGAGUCUGAGUCAGAGAGCUGUGGGCUCCGCCGCCGGCCAGUUCCCCAAGCCCACCAGGACCUUCUCCGUUCCAGUCCAGCCCAGUUGGGUCAGUGAGGGGGUGAGAAGGAGUGCAUCAGAAAAAGCGUUGAGCAGGCUCAAGGGAAAGAGGGAGGAGGUUGGAGAGGGGACAAGGUAUGAGGAUAAAAGGAGAGAGGAGGAAGAAAACAUAUCAGAGGGCAGCUCAGGGAGACGCAGACAAGGGAGUCUGGACAGGAUUCAAAGUGAGAAUCAAGAGAAGUCUCAAGUUGCACAGAGAAGCUUGAACCAGAGGUUUGAAUUUAUGGAGGAGGUAGGAAAAGGAAUAAACAGCAGAGAUGUUGACGUCGUUGAAAGCAGAGACGUGGAGGUUUUUGGUAAAUAUUCAAUGCCAAAGAAUGAAAUGGAGAUCCCUUUGAACAGACACGCCAGAAGCAAAUUAUACAUAGAUGAGACAGAUGUCUGCAAAGCCAGGCCAAGUAGGGGAGAUGCUACCUCCACUCUUACAUUAAACCUUCUUCAUCACCUUGACCCCUCCCUCAGGAGUCCAGAGCUAAUGGGGGAUCAGAACCAAUCUAUCUUAGGCAUGUCUUCCGAUGUCGGCGACGGGGACAAUACUCCGACCAACAUUCCCCUGGACUGGCCUUUCCUCUCACACCACCCACUGCCAGGACAUUCCAGUCCCACUAGCACCACCACCAUUGAUGGACAAGAUGAGAGAGGUUACAUUGCCUCUGAAAUCUAUGAGCAGACACAUUCAACACCAGAGCCAAGCCCAUACAGGAGCCUCGUGGAUCUGGCCCCUCCUGUCGCCACGGAUCCCCAUCGCAAGGGGAAGAAACGGAACGAGGACCUGAAAGCCUGGGUGGCCAGCGUGAACCAGAAGAUUGAGGGCUGGAGCGACGAUGAUGAGGAGUAUGAUGAUGAUGAUGAUGAUGAUGAUGAUGGCACAGAGAAAGGUGAUGAUUCCAACUAUGAUUCAGACUCGGCAGACUCCUCAUUGACUAUAACCAGUAACAUGAGCCAAUCGGAUCGCAGGAGCUUCUCUGUGAGCCUUGCAGACCUGUGUAACUUCGGCGGAGUGGACUACGAGUCCGGGAGUGAGAGUCAGGGGUGUCUCCCCGGGCGUCGCUCGGCCUCCCUGAGUUCCGACACCUCGGCAUUCUCCUGCGUGUCAGUGAUGCCCACCGAGGAGCUGGACCGCCUCCUGGCUGACGUCAGGAGCCUGGACGAGGACUCUCUGCAGAACUACAACGACGUGGUGGUGGUGGUCCUCCAUAAGGACAUCGGAGUAGGGCUGGGUUUCAGCAUGGCAGGAGGAGCAGACCAGAACAAGCCAAUCACGGUGCACAAAGUAUUCCCCCUUGGGGCUGCAGCCCAGGAGGGCUCCAUGCGGGCUGGUUACCAGGUCCUGUCCAUCAACGGCACAACCCUCUGUGGCUCGGGACACUGGGAGGCCACCCGGACCCUGAGGAAGGCCAAGAUCCGGGGGAUGGGGGUGGUGGUCCUGAAGAGAAGAGGGGUCCUUGCUCCCUCUGCAGGAAGAGAGGGGGUGGAUGAGCUAGACAGUGCUCUGGUUCAAUCCAGAGACCCAGGUCAGCGUGUGUGUGUUCAGUUGGAAAAGCAGAGCAGGGACCUGGGGUUCAGCCUGGAGGGCGGAGUGGGCUCCAGCCUUGGGGACAAGCCGCUCAGCAUACAGAAGGUCUUUCAGGGGGGUCCAGCUAGUCAGGUGCUUCCUGGGGACGAGGUGGUGGAGAUUAAUGGUGUGGACACCACAGGAAUGAGACGCCUACAGGUCUGGACCUUCAUCAAGAACCUGCCCCCUGGCCCUGUGGAUGUUAUACUGCGCCGUCCUUUAACGACAUUGCAUACAUAAAGGUGGAUGUAUCCUGGGUAUCACGGCAUCUUCACUUUUGCUUACUUUCCGGGCAGCGAUGCAAGACCAUGUGCCUUAAAGACUGUCACCAGUAACAAGUAGGCUUGGUCCUCCUACCAGCCACACUAUUUUAGAAGGAAUUAAGACAGGAGUGAAGGAGAAGCAGAAGGGACGAUGAAGGAAGGCAUAUUGUCAACAACAAAGCACUGAAGAAAAAGCCUCUUAGACUAUGGAUCACUGUUACAAAGGAUGUAAUAUAUUGUGAA